AUGGAGAACUGCAACUUCACUGGUGGUUCUGUUCAAUACUUCUUUAUCGUUGGCUUUCCCAACUUUCAAGAUCAUCAGUUCCCUCUCUUUUUUGUCUUCUUGGUAUUUUAUCUCUUAAUCCUUGUCAGUAACGUUACCAUCAUCGUGGCUGUCGCCACAGAUCCAAACCUCCACAAACCCAUGUAUUUUUUCCUAACUAAUCUCUCUGUCUUAGACAUUCUUCUCACCACCACAACCAUUCCCAAAAUGUUGGCCAUGUUUUUAGUCAAUUCUAAAUUUAUCUCUGCCCAGGGGUGUUUCCUGCAGAUGUAUUGCUUCCAUGGACUAGUGGUGACUGAAACUUUCCUCCUAGUCGUCAUGUCUUAUGACCGCUAUGAGGCCAUCUGCAAUCCCUUGCACUACACAGUCAGAAUGACAAAAACAGUGAAUAUCCAGCUGGCAGCAAGCGCCUGGUUCUCUGCACUCUUGGUCCCAAUUCCAGCUGUUGUCCAGUCAUCUCAGCUGGUCUUUAGUGGAACGCCCAAAGUUUACCAUUGCUUUUGUGACCACUUGGCUGUUGUCCAAGCAGCUUGUCAAAACUCCUACACCAACUUCCAGAAUUUUCUGGGACUCACUAUUGCUAUGAUUGUCUCCUUUGUCCCACUUGUGUUUGUAUCAGUUUCCUACAUCCACAUAAUUAACUCUGUCAUGCAGAUCAACUCCAAAGAAGGACGAAGUAAGGCAUUUUCAACUUGCUCCUCUCACCUGAUUGUGGUUAGUACAUAUUACACCUCCAUUGCCAUGGCAUACCUUUCCUACAGGGUCAACAUGCCCAUUGAUGUCCAUGUCAUAAGCAAUGUGGUUUUUGCUAUUUUAACCCCAUUGGUCAAUCCUCUCAUUUACACUCUGAGGAACAAGGAAGUCAAAAGGGCUGUGAAAAAGUUUCUCAAUCUUAUAAUUUUAUUUCAUGGGCUAAAGAUGGAAUCAGUAUAG